AUGGCUAAAAGUGCAGAAGUGAAACUGGCGAUCUUUGGUCGAGCCGGCGUGGGGAAGUCAGCUCUCAUCGUGCGCUUCCUGACCAAACGGUUCAUCUGGGAGUAUGACCCCACUCUAGAGUCUACCUAUCGUCAUCAGGCAACUAUUGAUGAUGAAGUUGUUUCCAUGGAGAUACUAGACACAGCUGGUCAGGAGGACACUAUUCAGAAGGAAGGACACGUACGAUGGGGUGAAGGCUUUGUGCUAGUCUACGAUAUCACCGACAGGGGCAGCUUUGAGGAAGUGCUGCCACUUAAGAACUUGCUGGAUGAAGUUAAAAAACCCAAGAAUGUUACUCUGAUCCUAGUGGGGAACAAAGCAGACCUGGACCACUCCAGGCAGGUCAGCACAGAGGAAGGAGAAAAGCUGGCCACGGAACUGGCAUGUGCAUUUUAUGAGUGCUCCGCUUGCACAGGUGAAGGCAACAUAAUGGAGGCCUUCUAUGAGCUUUGCCGUGAGGUACGGCGUCGUAAGAUGGUCCAGGGCAAGACUCGGAGACGGAGCUCCACCACCCACGUCAAGCAGGCGAUUAACAAGAUGCUCACCAAAAUCAGCAGCUAA